AUGGUGCCUAUGACUCGGUCGAGCAGCGAGCUGGGCGCUCCUUCCCUGGUGCAGCGUCUAUGGCACUAUUUCUUUGGUGGGAGUGGGCCGUCCGAUGGGCUGGCAUUGGCGCAGGUUGAUGCGCUUCCGUUGCCGACGCCCGCACCGUCAGCGCCUGUAUGGCAAUGGGAUGGCCUUCUGCUUGCUGCGCCGAAAAAGAAGGUAUCUCACUCGCGUAAAGCUAUGCGAGCUGCAAACAAGGGUCUCAAGGACCGCGUGGGUAUUCUCAAGCGUAGCGCUGCCAAGGUGGAUCCAUAG